GUGAUUUUCUGGUCUGUAAUUUGUUUCUUUGUGUGACACACACUGACUUGGACCUCUUUUGAAUGGGCUGCGAGUCAAAUUCCCGGAGCCCCAAACCCUGAGUUCACCUCCUCGUAAUCUAUUCUGUUCCUUUUCGGUGCUCACCCAAGGUUUCCAGUUUUGACCCACAGCCGAAACCAGUGUCUUGUGGUCAGUGGUAGGUGGAUUCACUGUUGUUUGAGGUUGGUUCAUGUGGUGCUGGUCCGACCCGUCCAAUCCGGCUACCUUUCCAGGAAUGCAGCCCACCUUUAUGGCAAACGACGGUGGCCAACUUCGAAGCAGAGCCUUUGGCGGAGCUUGGUGUAAUCACCUGUUGGUGUGCCAUGCUUUUGCUCUUUCGAAGCCUCUUUGCUAGCAUGCCCUCCACCCGCAGUCCAAUCUGCACGGGUCCUGUCGAUUGUCCUGACGGUUCCACACGCAAACGACUGCAGGAGGGAGUCUGGAAAAGUUUUGCAUGGCUUCUAUGGGUGUGUAUCGUUGCAUUGUUCUCCUUGCCCGCGAUCCUCUUCGCCAUCGUCCAGUCUGUGCCGGCACAGCACAACGAGGCCAUCAGCGAGGACCUCUUGAAGCUUCUUCACAAGGCAGCUCCUGUACUGACAGUCUUGAUUGACAUGGCCCUAGCGGUACGACUCUCGAUGAAGUAUUCCAGUCUCACUGGAUUGCAUGCCGAUCGAUUGCUGAUGACGUUCCGGCUCUUUUCGGCUUGGCUUUUGCCCUUGUUGGUCACUGUCUUUCUGGACGAAAACUGUCUUUCAGGCUGGAAAAUCAGUUGGAGUGUUUGCCAAGACGCAAUCGAGCAGAAGCGCUUUGAUUGGAGUAUCUAUGGCGAAGAGAUCCUUAGCACCAGAAGAGACAUUUGCGGCUGGAACGAGACUUGGUGGUCUGACGGCCGCUGUAGUCGUGCCAUCGUGGGAAACUUGGCACCCUUUUUACUGAACAAACUGCUGAUAAGGAGUACACUGCAACCGGUUCUGUUGUUGCUCUUGUGGCAGCUUUCACGCUUGGAAGGCCAAGAAGACCUGCAGAAGGGGCAGCCGCUUCGAAUUCUAGGUUUUGGCCCCAGAACCAGCGGCUCCCUGCAACCCUUGCAACAAAUGUCCCUGCUGACGACACUGAUGGAAGUCUUGGUUUUCUGGACUCCAUUCAUACCCUUGCUGAGCAUUGGCAUUCUGAGCGCUAGCACUGCAAACCUUUUCAUCUUUGACUUGGGAGUUUGGCGCUUUGGGGUCAGGCUACCACUCAAUGAAAUGAACCAGAAAGCUGCAUUGGCGAAGGCCUACUUGAGAUUCGCCCUUGGUGCUGGCUGUUGCUUCCAGCUUUGGCAUGCUUUUGCUUCUAAAAUGUAUGGGCGAUACAUUUUGCUGGGCUUAAGCAUCACGGUGAUGGGGCCAUGGACCCCCAGAUUCUUGCCUGUCGAGCUGGCCCGACGUUAUUUCUGGGCGAAAUCGACGCGUCCAAGCGAGGAAGAGACGAAAUCGAUUGAAAUGACCCAGUCUGACCGCAUCUGACCGUGAUGUGUUUGGCGACCGUGAUGUGUUGCUUUGAUCUGGAUGACAUGCAGCGCCCGUCCAAAAGAA